AUGGGAACCCCUGAAUUGGGAUUGUUGACACUGGAGGAGUGGCGGCUCCUGGAUCCCGAUCAGAAGGCCCUGUACCAGGACGUGAUGCUGGUGAACUAUAGCAACCUGGUGUCCGUGGGUGAGGACAGCUCCCCUGGGUAUCAAGUUAGCAAACCUGAUAUACUCUCCAAGUUGGAACAAGGAGAACCACCAUGGACCUUAGAAGAUAAAGUUCACAGUGAGCCACAUCCAGAAAUUGAGAAAAUGGAUGAUCAUGUGCAGCUGCACUGGCCAAACCAAAAUAUGCCAAAAAGGAUAGAACGGUGUUAUGAACAGGAUGUAUUUGAGAAUAUUAUUUAUCAGAGCAAAAGUUAUUUUCCUUUAAGGCCAAAUCAUGAUGUAUUUGAUUUACAUGGGAAAACUUUGAAAUCAUAUUUAGAUGUAAUCAACCAGAGUGGAAGCUGCAACAAAAAGGAACCUGCUGAGUUUAAUGGAGAUAGGAGAGCCUUUCUCCAUGCUAGUCAUGAGCAAACUCAUACUGAAAUUAAACAGCAGGACAUACAUAAAAUAAAGAACGCCCACAAAUGUACUGAAUGUGGAGCCUUCCUCAAGAAGUCUCGGCUCAAUGAACAUAAGAGAAUUCAUAUAGGAAAGAAACCCCAUGGAUGUAGUGUGUGUGGGAAAACCUUCUCCAAGAAGCUCAAGCUCACUGAACAUCAGUGAACUCACAAAGGAGAGAAGCCCCAUGAGUGCCGUGAGUGUGGAAAAGCCUUUCUUAGGAAAUUUCAGCUUACUGAACACCAGAAGACUCAUACAGGAAAUAAACCCCAUGUAUGCAGUAUAUGUGGGAAAACAUUCUACAGAAAGUUCAAGCUAACUGAACACCAGAGAACUCACACAGGAGAGAAACCCUAUGAAUGUACUGAAUGUGGCAAAGCCUUCUUCAGGAAGGCAGAGCUCAUUAUACAUCAGAGAAAUGAAAGAGGAGAAAAACCCCAUGUGUGCAAUGAGUGUGGGAAAGGUUUCUCCAGAAAAUCACAGCUUCUUCUGCAUCAGAAAAUUCAUACAGGAGAGAAAUCUUAUAUAUGUAGUGAAUGUGGGAAAGGUUUCAUACAGAAAGGCAAUCUUGUUAUACAUCAACGAACUCACACUGGAGAGAAACCCUAUGGAUGCACUGAAUGUGGUAAGGUCUUCAGCCAAAAGGCAUGCUUCAUAGCACAUUAGCGAUUUCAUACAGGAAGGACUCCCUUUGUAUGUACUAACUGUGGAAAAUCUUGUUCACAGAAAUCAGGACUCAUUAAACAUCAGAGAAUUCACACAAGAGAGAAACCCUAUGCAUGCAGUGACUGUGGGAAAGUCUUCACUACAAAGACAGUGCUCAUUGUCCAUCAAAGAACUCACACAGGAGAGAGGCCCUAUGGAUGUAACGAGCGUGGGAAAGCUUUCUCCCACAUGUCAUGCCUGGUUAAACGUAAGAGGACACACACAAGAGAGAAACAAGUAGAUUCAAUGACAGUAGAAUAUCCUUCUGCAAAGGGUCACAGCUUAUUAGAUGCUAGUGAACUCUUGCAGGGGAAAAACCCUGUUAAUAUGGUGACUGUUUGGAUGCCUUCUGUGAUCCCUCAGACAUCACUAAACAUCAGUGGGCUCCUAGCAGAUAGGAAUGCAGUCCUUACAGAACAGCCAGCUGCCAGAUGUGCACCCUCAGGAGAUAACAGAGAGUCUGUGCAGGAAAGAAACCUCAUGAACUCGAUGAAUAUGGUUAUGCCUUCAGUGGUCAAUUACAUCUUAUUUUAUGUCACAAAAAACACAUAG